AUGUUCGAUUAUUACUUUGGGGAAGAGAUUAGUAAGAAAGAUAAUUUUAAUUUAGGUACCCUAAAUGAAGAACAAAAUAGACGGCUUCGAAAUUUUUUAAAGUCUUAUUCAGCAUUAUUCGCAUGGGAAGGUUGUAGGUUAGGACAUACAAAUUUAAUUAAGUAUAGCAUCAAUACAGAGAAUGUUUUACCUAAUAAGCAUACUCCAUAUUGGCAUUUGCUUGCUGAAAAGAAAAUAAUAAAGACUAAAAUUGAUCAUAUGAUGAAGGAAGAAGAAGAAUUACAGAAACAAAUCUAUAAAUGGGUAGAAAAUUUAAUUGGAAAGUUAGUAGAGACACGAUGA